AUGAACGAAGCCAUGCGUGAUUGGGUGACCAAUGUUGAUUCAACUUACUAUGUGAUUGGUACGGUUGCAGGCCCGCACCCAUAUCCACAAUUGGUUCGUGACUUCCAGUCAAUUAUUGGUCGUGAAGCACGUAAGCAAAUUCAGGAACAAGCGGGCCGCUUACCUGAUGCCUUGGUAGCGUGCGUAGGCGGUGGUUCAAAUGCGAUGGGCUUGUUCUAUCCAUUCUUAAAUGAUGCUGAUGUGAAAAUGUACGGCGUUGAAGCAGCAGGCUAUGGCAUUGAAACAGGUUUGGAUUAUCCUGGUGUGGGUCCUGAACAUAGCUUCUUAAAAGAUAUGCAUCGUGUUGAAUAUGUGCCGAUCAAUGACAAUGAAGCUUUACAAGGUUUCCGUGAUUUAACCCAUAUUGAAGGGAUUAUUCCUGCAUUGGAAAGUUCUCAUGCGAUGGCUUAUGUCACUAAACUUGCGCCAACGAUGUCUAAGGAUCAAAUUAUUAUUGCGACUGUUUCAGGUCGUGGUGAUAAAGAUUUGAUGACUGUGGCACGUAUUGAUGGCGUAGAAAUGGUUGAGAUGUAA